AUGGCUAUCGUUAAUGCUUUUAGAAUUAUGGUGCGAUCCGUUGAAACUCAGACGUGCAUUGGUCAAGAGAUCUUCAUCGUAAGGAGUAUUAAACCGAACGGUGGUCUACAAACUGCCUCCUAUAACAUCAAGCAGGGAUUACAGAGCAGCAGAAUGGGGAGACACGGAAGCAUUCCUGUGGAAAGGCAGACUCAGAAUAAUAGCCGCGG